GGAAAUAAAACAGGAAGGAUCACAGCAUUCUCUUGGUGCCGGGAAUUUAAAUUUCUUAAGUUUUUUUUAAUGAGAGCGCGCGAGGUCCACCGAGCAAAAAAUUAGAUUAGUGUGGCCUUACUAAAUGUUUGUAGAAUUUUCGUAAAGUGGUGUAUUAAAUUUUUUUAAAUGUACUAUUUCAUUUCGUCAUAUUUUAUUAAAAAAUGAAUUAAUCUUAUUACAGGUAUAGAAAUGGAUCAGCAUUUGAAGGAAUUUCAAACGCAUACAAUGAUGUAAAUUUUGGGGAAGACUGGUCAGUAUAUAGCAAGGUUAGAGUAAUGGACAGAAGGCGAUUGUCUGAGGCGUGGUUUAAAUGGCAUUUGAUAGAAAUGAAAAUCGGUUUAGGGGAGAGAAACAUCGAUACGUUGGUGUGUUCUGAAGUCGAUGCUGAAAUACAAAGGCUUCUGCCAAGGAUACAUGAACACUUUACAGAGAAAUGGUCUGGUAGUCAUCAUUGUGACAACUGCAAGUCAAAAGAUUGUAGUCAAGCACUUAUCAUAGAUGGUCAUAUGAAAGGCACCAGACUAGUUUGCGACUUUAUGGAAGGCGACAUUUGUUGUGAGGAAAUUGGAAGCAUUACUGUUGGUUGUAAUCAGACGCCUGUCAAAGGUUCCUACUUCUGUGUAAAUCAUCAGCAUUCUCUUAUGAAGGUUAAUAAGAUUGAAACGCAACCUGAUACAGAUGAGAAUCAACAUUCACUGCAGUGUAAAACAGAGAAAAGGAAACAGGCAGCUAACAAACACCGGUCCGCCGGAAUAUGCUGUGCGGUGUACAGCUGUGGGGUAGUUGUGGGUAUAACCGAGCUAUUUGGUUGCGAAUCACUUUCGCAAGUAUAUGUAUUCCUCACUUGGCUUUGGCAUGCUGUGCAGCAUUUUCCACGAUUAUUUGCCUAUGAUGACGCCUGCCAUUUAAAGCGCUAUGUCAACAGUCGACAAAAAACAGCGGCAGGAAAGUUCAUUGCAAAUCUUACAAUGGUGGUGGAUAAAAUGCACUUUAAAAACCACGUUGACAAAUGGUGCAAACAAAAUGUAAAUCCACACAAAGUUAAAGAAUUUUGUGACUUAAACACAGAAGCAUGUGAACAGACAUUUAAGUUUGUUUCCCAAUUUAAACAUGCAACGAAACAUAUGACGUAUGCAAGCUACAAUUUGUUUCAUUUGAUUAUGUGCAACAUGUACAAUGAAGACAAAAUUAUAAAGAGUACAAAGAGAAUUAAACUUCAAAGCCACUAGAAGAUAAGUAGGAAAUCAUGUAAACAAA